AUGCUGCAGUACGUGUUGUCCCUGUGUUUGCUGGCCCUGACCUGGGCGCAGGACUGCCAAGUGGCUAACAUUCAAGUCAUGCAGAACUUUAACAAAGCCAGGUACACAGGGAAGUGGUACGCCGUGGACAAGACAGACUCCGCGGGUUUGUUCUUCAUCGACAACAUCGAGGCCCAGUUCAUGGUGCGAGACAACGGCUCCAUGACAGCCAAGGCCAGGGGCCGAGUCAUCAUUCUUAACAACUAUGAGACGUGCGCUGUCAUGCUGGCCACUUUUGAGGAAACUAACGUACCCGCCAAGUUAAGGAUGAAGUAUUGGGGACUCGCAGCCUACCUGGAGACUGGAGUUGACGACUACUGGGUCAUCGACACCGACUACGACAACUACGCCGUCCAUUACUCCUGCAGACAGGUGGACAUUGACGGCACCUGUACAGACAGCUACUCCUUCAUCUUCUCUAGACAACCGACGGGUCUGAGACUGGAGGACCAGCGCAUAGUCACCCAGAAGAAAAGAGAGCUGUGCCUUCUGGGAAAAUACCGUCACGUCACGCACAAUGCUUUUCCCGCCAUGGAGACGGGACAACCGGGUGUCACUUUGCCAGUGUUGAGGACGGCGGCCGGGAUGCGCGGGGACGCGGCGCUGGGUUGA